AUGUCACAUAACCAAGCCAAAGCUCUUCAACCCCAGGGCGAUACGAACAAAAUUGAAGGCAACGUACCCCGUUGGCAGCAUUGGAAGCGAAGGUCAGAGCCUGGUCAGUCAAAAAGUCAACAAAACGUCAAACAAGAGUCAGGAAGUCGAGGGCGCCAGUCAGCUUCAAGUACAAGUAGUCAAGCAUCUCGAAAAUCAUGUCAUCGAUGUGGAAGAAUGCACAACCCAGCAACUUGCCCAACGAAGCAAUGGCAGUGCUACAACUGCUCUAAGCAAGGUCACACGUCGACAGUCUGUAUGGCAAGAAAGAAGGUCAACCCGAGGGUCAACCAAAUGGAUGAAGACACAAGUAGUCAAGGGCAAGGUGAAUCGGAUGAAUCACUCGUAUUAGGCCACAUCGGAAAUCUGGAUUGGAAUAAGAAGGAAGAGGCGUAUCAAGUCGAGUUGUGCAUGGAAAGCCAGCAAGUAAAGAUGGAGGUCGAUUCAGGGGCCUGCAGGUCAGUAAUGCAUAAGUCAGAUUUCUUUAAAUUAAGCAGUAAUGAGUUACAACCCGUCAGGUUUAAGUUAAAUGUUAUCACAGGGGAAAAUGUCAAUAUAUUGGGCCAGCCUUUAGUAAACGUAGAAUUUAUGGGUAGUUCUGAACAGUUACCAAUUAUCAUAUUAAAUUCCGCUAGUAAAUUUGCACCAUUAAUGGGCAGAGAUUGGAUUGCAAAAUUUAAUCCGUCAUGGAAAAAUGUAUUGUUAAAAGUUAAUAAUGUCGAACAGUCUAUGAAAGAUAAAGAUGAAUUAAUUUUAUAG